UGGUGGUAUUUUCUUCCCGUCCGGGGGAUUUGGAGGAUGAUCGUCGCCGCCAGCGCCGCGCGCCAGUGUCAGUUUCCAGCGCCGAGCUCGAGCUGGAUCGAUCGGAUCGCCGGCGCUGCCGCAUUGCGUCGCUAGAAUCUCCUCCCUGCGGCGAAUUUUGCGGGAUUUCUCUCUCGCUGUGCGCCCUGGGCGACGAGCGCGGGCGAUCGAUCGAUUGAAGGUUACUUUGAGAUUGCUUGAAUUUUUUUCCUGGCAUAUUUCUUUCUUUCGAUUGUUUUUUCCCAUCUCUUUCUUUUUGUCUCUCUCGCUCCUUUAUUUUAUUUUAUUUUCUCUCUUUCGUUCUUUCACGUAAGAAGUUAAGGAAGAACUAUGGGCCUGGGCUCCCGAAAGAAGAAUUCCUGGGUGAUGCUGCUGCCUCUCUCUUGACAUGCAUUUAACUGCAGCACAUUGGUUUGGAUUUGGACCAUGGCGGGAUUAGGAGGGCUGGUGGGAGGAAGUGCUCUCGAUGAUGAAUUAACUUAUGAUCGUGGAACCGGGAAAUGGAGGAGAUUUUUAACUUUGUUUUUACUUUCUCCGGUAAACAAACACUCUGAGGCCUCACCCGUGAAACUUGCGUGUGUCAGGAAGCGAAGCAAUGUUGUUCGACUCCGAGGACUUCCUUUCAGUGCCACGGAGGUUGAUAUUAAAGAGUUUUUUCGGGGUCUGGACCUCGGGCCUGAUGGAAUCGUUAUCUGUGUCAACUUUCAAGGGAGGUCCACUGGCCAAGCUUAUGUCCAGUUUGCAACCGCUGAGCUGGCUAAUAAAUCCCUCGAAAGAAACAGGCAACACAUUGGAAGCCGCUACAUAGAAGUUUUCAAGGGCCAUCCAGCAGACAUGCAGGGAGCUAUGAGAAUGGCCGGCCGAGGGAGUUCCGGCGCCUAUGGAGCAGCAGGCUUGCAAGGGACUGGGAUUCCUGGCAUGGCUGGUAAUCCCGACAUGCGUUUCACGGGGGUUGUGCGCAUGAGAGGAAUGCCUUACAGCUGCACAUCGGCCGAUAUCAUGGCCUUCUUUAAGGGAAUGCAAGUUGCUCCGGAUGGGAUUUUCCUGUGUACACAUGCUGAUGGCCGACCAACUGGUGAAGCAUUUGUGGAGUUUAUUAACGAAGAAACAGCCGCUCGAGCGAUGCAGCUCCACAGAGAGCCGAUGGGCUCGCGUUAUGUGGAGCUUUUCAAAAGUACAAAAGGGGAGAUGAUGACUUCAGUUCAACAAAAGCUGUGGUUCGCUGGUGUUGGUAACAUGUCACCAGUUGGAUCUCUCGGCCAAAUUCCUGGUAUGUUGGGAGGAUAUGGAAUGCAAGGAGUAGGGGCUUUAAACUUAGGAGCAGUACAAUCGCCGGGGCCUGGAGCUAUAGGAGACAUUUCGGAGGACGUGUGCAUUAAGAUGCGGGGUCUUCCAUACAAUUCCGGACCCAGAGAGAUUACGGAGUUUUUCCAAGGCUACAGGAUCGUCCCAAAUGGAAUCUACGUCGUGAUUGGAGCUACAGACCGUCCGACGGGGGAGGCGUUUGUGGAGUUUAUCUCUUCCAAGGAGGCACAGCGGGCCAUGGAACGCCACCGCAACAACAUUGGCUCCCGCUACAUCGAGCUUUUCCGAGCCACCAAGAGUGAAAUGAUCGUGGCCACAGGAGGACUGCCGUUUAGCAUGGGCCAGCUUGACCCGGCUUUGCAGCUUCUGCUUCUCCAGCAACAGGCUGCCGCUGGAGCAUUUGGCAUGGCGGGAUUGCUGGGAGCUCAAGGCGCUGGCGCAUGGACAGACAUCCAGAAUGUUGCUGCUGCGGCUGCGAGCUUCUACCAGAGGCAAGCAGGAUUAACAGGAUCAACUGCCGCUGGGCUGGCGUUGGAUCCAUCGGUUGCGGCCACCAAGCUGAGAAGCAUACCUUAUCGAACUUCCACCUGAUGGAAGAAGAACCGUGAUGAUGACGAAAAGAUAUAUGAAGAUUAUUUUAUGUGCAUAUUAGAACUCAAAUAGAAUGAAUUUGGUAAUUGUUUGAAGUGCCAGCUUAAAAGAUCUGCUUUCCAUGGAGAUCAUACAUUAAAGAUUAUUGAUGUUGAUAUUGA